CCGAGACGAGAGCAGAAGGCGCCAGACUCCAACGAGAUACCCGGGCAGAGCAGGUACAACAGCUGAGAGGAACAGCGCAGGGCACGAUACCAGGCAGGACAGGGUAACAUACCAGGCAGGACAGGACAGUAGCGCAGGGCGGGAGACCAGGCAGGACAGGGUAAUAAUACCAAGCAGGGAAGGGCAGUAACUGAGGGCAGCAGAGUGGGUAAAGCGGUGGGACAGGGCGCAGGAGGCGGGCAGUGGCACAGCGUGGCACGGACGGAGAGUAGCAGGGAGCUCGGCGGCAUGUACUCCAACAGGUUCGAGGGACCCAGGAGAGGGCGAUCCUUCGAGUCUGUGAAUUCCGGAAUGGACGAGAAGCACCUGAAUAAUGAGAUCAACAAGUCGAAUUUCAGCAAAAUUGAAGAGAAUAAGGAGAAUAAAGAGAAUUGCAAUGUGUCUCUCGAACGGGGACGAGUUGCUGUGGUCUUCUCACUCAAAAAUGAAGUUGGAGGGCUUGCGAAAGCACUGAAACUCUUCCAGGAAAAACACGUGAACCUAGUUCACAUUGAGUCUCGAAAGUCUAAACGAAGGAGUUCUGAGUUUGAGAUUUUCUUGGACUGUGACAGUAACAGAGAACAACUCAAUGAAAUCAUCCAAAUUUUGAAAAGUCAUGUAAAUGUGGUAACCCUGAACCCACCUGACAACUCCUAUGCACAAAGUGGUGAUGUACAAAUUUAUUCCCUUAAUGUUGAUGACAUGGAAGCUGUACCUUGGUUUCCAAAGAAAAUUUCGGAUCUGGACAAGUGUGCGAACCGGGUGCUGAUGUAUGGCUCAGACCUGGAUGCAGAUCAUCCGGGAUUCAAAGACAAUGUCUAUCGCAAAAGGAGAAAAUAUUUUGCAGAUCUGGCUAUGGAGUACAAACACGGUGACCCUAUUCCACGAGUAGAAUUCACAGAGGAAGAAGUGAAAACAUGGGGCACAGUUUUCCGAGAACUGACCAAGCUAUACCCAACCCAUGCCUGCAGAGAAUAUUUGAAGAAUUUGCCUCUGCUGACAAAGUAUUGUGGCUAUAGGGAAGAUAACAUUCCUCAGUUGGAGGAUGUUUCCAGAUUCCUAAAGGAAAGGACUGGGUUCACUAUACGACCAGUAGCUGGUUAUCUGUCUCCCCGAGAUUUCCUGGCUGGUCUGGCAUUUCGGGUGUUCCAUUGUACUCAAUAUGUGAGACACAGCUCGGAUCCACUCUACACCCCUGAACCUGACACAUGCCAUGAGCUGAUGGGACACGUUCCUCUUUUGGCUGAACCAAGUUUUGCUCAGUUUUCUCAGGAAAUUGGCUUGGCUUCUCUGGGAGCUUCUGAUGAAGCAGUUCAGAAACUAGCCACCUGCUACUUUUUUACUGUGGAAUUUGGUCUAUGUAAGCAAGAUGGCCAACUCAGAGUCUAUGGAGCUGGUCUGUUGUCUUCUGUCAGUGAACUGAAGUACUCGCUCUCAGGAAAUUCCAAGGUGAAGCCUUUUGACCCAAAAGUCACUUGCAAACAGGAGUGUCUCAUCACCACAUUCCAAGAUGUCUAUUUUGUUUCAGAAAGUUUUGAAGAUGCCAAAGAGAAGAUGAGGGAAUUUGCAAAGACCAUCAAGAGCCCAUUCAGUGUGAGAUACAAUCCGUACACACAGACUGUGGAAGUUCUGAAGGACACCAAGAGCAUCACAAAUAUUGUAAAGGAACUUCGACAGGAGCUUGAUAUUGUUUCAGAUGCCCUCAGCAGGAUCAACAAGCAAUAUGGCAUCUAACCCUAACCUGUUGCUGCUCUAUCCCUCACCCCUGUUGCAAGUUCGUACCUGGUUGCUAUUCUUAAGGUGUGAUUAGAUAAUAUCCUGAACAAUUAACCUGCAAAAGUACAAUCGGUGACAGCAUAUAUAAAAAAACAGACUGGUUCAAAACUAGGUCAUGCUGACAUAGUCUGCAUUUGGAAAACUAGCAUCCUGUACAUGCAGACACUGAUCCUUGUUCAAGCUGCUAUCUUUUAAGAAUGCUGAAUCAGGUAUCCAGGCUGCAGACAUUGUAGCCAGGUCUGUCAGGCUCUGACAGAAGGCCACAGUUCUGAAACAUUAGCUAUGUUUCUCCCUGCACAGAUACUGCCAGAGUGGCUGAACAUUCUUAACCUUUUCCAUUGUUUAUUUCAGGUUUCCAGCAUUGUAUUUCUGGGUUCUGUCAGACAAUUCUCCAUUCCCUAGCAAGGCUCAGAGUAGGCAAUCUCAAUUCUCAAAUACUUGUUUGACAAUUUCCAUUAUUCUCAUUGUUUGACCAGCAGGAGCAUUGUAGACAGCCAUUUACAAAAUAAUAACCCCACAUUCUUCACUUAUUCAUUGACUGUAAUUACAAGAAUGUAGAUAAAUGGUCUCCUUUGUGAACAUGACAGAAUUCCUAUGGAACAUUGCUCAUUUGAAAGUCCCAUGAACAGAAAAAAGCAGACUAAAUGGAUGUCCAUUACCUAUCAGAAGAAAAAUCCUCAUUCCUGCAGUUCCAAGAAAGUGAAUUUGAAAUUAAAAUCUGUCAAGAAUUAGCCUAAUAUUUGGGUCUGCUGCACUGACAAGUAAUCUUCAUUGAAAUAAAUUAACUAUUAAGGAGUUUGAAUCAUUUAGAUCCUGACUUUUCUGUAAAAUAAGGCAGACUAGUUUUGCCAGAGAGCAGAAAACUAAAGUCAUGAAGAAGAUCCAGAAGAAACUCCUCUGUGAAAACUUUUAUUUGUGAUAAUGAAUCAGAAGAGAGAGAAAUUUAGAUUUUCCGCUUUUGCUGAAUCAGAAAUGUCAAUGACCCCCCCACAAGUUUCUGCCAGGAUAUUUUUGGGGUUAAUUCAGCUUCUAGACCUUUGCUGGUCUGUUUACCUGAUGUAAUGAUCCAUCCUGAUGGAAUGCAAAGGGGUUCCAUUCCUUUUAUUUCUUAACCCUUGGUACCUACCCACAUGAAUACUGGAUUCCAGGAAUAAGCAGGUAUUGCUGCCUUCAGCUGCUGCUAAGAGCAAAUGAAGAAAAUACCAUAUGACAAGUUCCUGUAAUUUGUUUGCAGUUAUGGGGAAGGUAUAACUUAUGACCAGUUACAUUGCUGGUAGUGGUCAAAUGGGGAAUCAAUGGAGUAGAAUAUCUAGGUUAGAAUCUACAUGAUGUCACAUGAAAAUACAGUGGGCAUAUGCUGGGCUGUGAAACUUAGAAUAUUGGAGCAUUGGUGGUAGGCCUACUAUAUAUUCUGGAGAAUAGUCUUGCAAUACUUUACAAUUGGAGAAUUAUCUGAUGUUAGUUGAAGGUGCAGAACAUAAUCCAGCAGUUGGCUUCAGGUAUAAUGAUCAUGUCAUGAAGAGGCUGCAUGACUGUUGACCCUCUGGUACAAUGAUAUACCCUAUCCAUGCUUACAGAGUUUUGCAGGUUAAUGUUGACCGUUGCUGACUAGUGUAGAAUGUUUGCUGAAAUCCCACUGUCUGCAAUAGUUGUCACCCUGAAGAUUUUGAAGCUGCUGUGUGAAUGGCUUUCAUAUUCCCUGCUGUCCGUAGUAUUUGCGUACUGAUUGUGUUUCUACAUGCAUUCGCCAUCACCAGUAAUGCUUUUGCUCAGAAAAUCACUGUUUUAAAGUAACCAAAACUUUCAGUUCCUGCGUUGAAGGGUGGCACUUUGGAGAAACGACAUUGGAGUAUGUCUUCAGUUCUAAGAGAGUCCAUUUAUUAGCUGGAUGAAAGCUGAGAUAAUUGUAAUUGAAUAGUUUUUAAAAAAGAAUAUAGUGUUGAAUCUGAAUUUGGUUAACAUUCACAAAGGGAAAGUACUUUUGAAUUAAGACCCAGAUGGAAGGGAAAGGGGUUGCUAAUGAGUACUGCUGUUUUAAUCUAGCACUAUGCAUAGAAUUUGGGACUAAAUGAAACUGGGAUUAUGCAGGAAGAGACCAUACCUUUAGUUUAUGUGUAAUGGAUAUUAAUAGCCUAACAAGGACAAUUUAUAUUUCAUCCCAUGUAGGCACAGUUUUCAACUUUACAACUCUUGCUAGAUUCUGAUUUUAAUUUCUAAUUUUAGAUUUUAAAUGAGCUUGUCCUUGUGCCAAAUUAUUUGCCCAAUACGCUUAUGUUUCACUAAUAAGGAUCAGAUUUACCUUAUGUGCAAUGGCUGAGCCUAACUCUCAAUGGCAAUGUAAUGUAGUCUUGUUCCCACUUUUUGGGAGUGGUCAUGUGUACAUGAUGCAACAAAAAUUCUGUUCAAUAAAUGCAUCUUAAUUUUAUUGAGUAAUUAUGGCUGAAUGUCUUCUGAA